GCGGUUUAUUUCAUCAAGUUUUGAGGCAAAUAAGUGUUGUUUAAUCAGUGAAAUUUCGUCCAAAUCUGGAACCAUGAACGACGAACGGACGUGUUCGAUUCGGAUCUGCCAGGAUGGACACGCGAAUGCGCUCGCUUUGAACCGGGAGAGCACGCAGAUUGCCGUGGCGGGCCGAAGCCUGCUGAAAGUGUUUUCCAUCGAAAACGAUGGCUUCACGGAGGUUUGCAAUAUGCGUGGCGGGAAGAACCAGAACCUCAGCUACUCGUCGAAUGAUGUUGCGUGGAGCUCUCUGGACUCGAACAUCCUGGCCACGGCAGCCACCAACGGUGUUGUGUCGGUGUGGGAUUUGUCGAAAUUUGGUCGCCAGAAACAGUUGCUGGUGUAUAAUGAACACGAGCGGACGGCUCACUCGGUGGCAUUCCACGGGACGGAAUCGAAUUACCUGAUUUCCGGCUCCCAGGACGGCACCAUAAAAUGCUUUGAUUUGCGAGUUGAUAAGACGGCAAUCAAUACAUACUUCAGCAAUUCGGAAAGCGUCCGGGAUGUGAAGUUCAGUCCACAUGCUCCCAAUACGUUCGCCGCUGUAUCAGAGAACGGAACUGUUCAACUGUGGGAUAUUCGCAAAAACGAUCGCUGUACGUCGCAGUUUACGGCGCACAGUGGACCAAUCUACACGUGCGACUGGCAUCCUCAACAGCAAUGGUUGGCCACCGGAAGCAGAGAUAAGCAAAUUAAGAUUUGGAACACCAAUCCGAAAAAUUCCUCGCUGGAGAAUCCAAAGAACGUCUCGCUAGAGUACAGCAUCCACACGAUCGCCGUUGUUGGUCGGGUGCGCUGGCGCCCGGACAAGAUGUACCACAUCGCCAGCUGCGCCCUUGUGGUAGACUACAGCAUCUACAUUUGGGACGUCCGGCGACCGUUCAUCCCGUACGCCUCGUUCAAUGAGCAUUCAAACGUCACCACCGGUAUCGCUUUCAAAGGGAACGAUUCGCACAUUCUUCUCUCCACCAGCAAAGACUCCACCAUAUUCAAGCACGUGUUCAAGGAUGCCUCACGUCCGGCGAUAAAGGCGAACCCACAGGGAGCUAGUUUCAACUUCAAAGGAGACCUGCUGUAUGCGUACAAAAUGAAGUUGGUUGGUCCUCCGACGCCACCUCCUGUACAGAAAACAAGUCUCCUGGGUAGCAGACAGAAGACCCCUCCCUCGACGGAUCAGUUCCAUCUGGCAAAGUCCAGCUUGUACCACUUCCUAACGAAGGUGCAUUCUCCUAGUUCCAAAGAUGUCACCAAAACCUCUUUGUUGAAAGACUAUCAUGCUCUCAAGGGUUGCGCGAGGGAGUACAUCCUAACAGGAGCCUCGCUUGCUGAAAUUUGCGCACACAAUGCGUCAGUAGCGAAGAAAUAUGGCAAAACGAAUGUUAGUUUCCUGUGGAACUUCAUCAGUCAGCUGUACGCAUACACCUCGAUUGCAAAUCUAAAGCUAGAGCAGCGUAACUCGAACGCAAGUCAAAGUCACUCCAAUCGUCUCAUGGCACAAAAUUCAAACCAAUCGAGCUCAGGAAGGGCUGGCGAUGACAAAUUGGGAAGCAAUCCUAACCUUGGCAGUACAGGUCCGGUCGCGAGUAACGCCGAUGAUUUCCUGGAAUUUUUAAAUCCCAAAAGCGAUUUAACCACGCUUCUUUCCGGCAAAGGUCAACUACUAUCGGUUGACAUUGAACCCAACUGUUGCGAUUUCGUGUUCGGAGAAACGGAGCUCACUUUUGAUAACGUAAACUGCAUCAAAGGCUUCCGGGAUGGUUUCCUGUACACGGGACCGCAUGACCUCAUCAAGGAUUACACUUUCCCGUCGUCGAAUCUGAUGAACGCUCAUGACCUUCACCAAGCCCGUCCGAGGAAGGAACUUCGUGCGGAUAGCACGCAGGAAAGCUCUCCGCCUCCGAAUUUGCCCUCUUUCCUCAAAAUAUCCGACAGUAAUCCAAUCAAUCCACCCCUUUGGGAACCGCACCAGGUACUAGCCGAUUGCCUGACCCUGCAGACGGAAAUUGGAGACGUCCAAACAUCUACCUGCAUCUUGAUUGCCCUCGGCGACCGUCGGCACAGUCUUCAGAUUGAUGAAUGCAUCCACGAAAAUUGGCUUCUGUCCUAUGUUGAACUAUUGCAUCGCCAUCAGCUGUGGAACGAAGCUACGCAGAUCAUCAACCUGAGUUGGAUCCGGUCGGUUUCGGAAAUGAAUCAACAAUCAACUACCAUGCACACGAACUGUGGCGAUUGCGGAAGGCCGCUGCUGACUGCCGUUGGAUGGUACUGUGCCAAGUGCCGCUCGGUGCAGAGUUCCAAGUGUAGCGUUUGCAACGGAGUGGUUCGAGGCUUGUACGCCUGGUGCCAGGGUUGUUCCCACGGGGGACACCUGCAGCACCUGAAGCACUGGUUUGCGAAUAAUCCAAAGUGUCCCAAGUGUGGCCAUCUGUGCGAGUACGAGUAAGGU